AAGUACAAUCGUAUAUAUAAUUGCAAAUUAGACAGACAUAUCUAGAAUUUAUGGUGACUGAUGGUCAGAGGAAAAAGUUAAAUAAUCUACGAGUACAUGUAAGUUAGAGGAUAAUAAAUAUAACUUCAAAAUGAAUCCGUAUGUUUCGCCAGGAUUAUACGACCCCGGAGUAAUGCCCACUUAUGAUACAUCGUUUGACCCCUGGGCCAGUCACUCAAGCUUCGGGGUAAAGCCUCAACGACCCCGACCCACCGUCGCAUCUUGUAGGGGGUCGUCUGAUGAUUGGAGCAUUGACCUUAAAGUGGAUGAUCUGGAGGCAAGGGAUGUUUUUACACCAAAGAAGGGAGAGAAUUCCCCGAAGCAGUCACAAAUUGCAGCUACACUAAAAUGGUUGAACGAGAACUACGAGAGGGUGGACGGUGUCUGCCUCCCAAGAUGCGUCUUGUAUACGCAUUACUUAGACUUCUGCAAAAAGAGGACCUUCUCCCCUGCAGGGGCGGCCACGUUCGGCAAGAUCAUCCGACAAAAGUUUCCAAAACUUACAACAAGACGACUUGGCACUCGAGGGCAGUCUAAAUACCAUUAUUAUGGCGUAGGAAUAAAAGAAACCUCCAUUUAUUACCAUUCAGUGUAUGCAGGGAGGGGGCUGACAAGAUUUUCUGGUGUAAAAGUUAAAACAGAGGGUUCCAGUCGGAAAUAUUCUUUGAGCUCCAAGACGGGUACGCUUCUUCCUGAUUUUCCUGAAAUCAACAAUCUCAUCAUCCCAGAAUCUGUGGACAAAGGGAAGGUGGAAACGUUUCUAAUGAUGUACCGUACUCAUUGCCAACGUAUACUCGACACAAUCAUCAGCGCCAACUUCGAUGAGAUCCAGAAUUUCCUCCUACAUUUCUGGCAUGGUAUGCCCGACCACUUGGUAGACAUUCUGACAGCUGAUAUUGUGACAGAUAUCGCUGGCUUCUGUGACUCUGUGCUUUAUAAGGUCCUGAUUGAUGUUCUAAUUCCGUCCACGAUCCAAGAUCUACCAGACAGCCUGGGUAUUGAAAUAAAGAUGUUUGUAAAACGCCUUCCAACUUGGCUUAGAUGUGCCUUAGAGAACACACCAGAGACACUCAGGAAUAAGAAAUUAGAAGUUGCCAAUCACUUCACCCAAAGUGUUAAACGACAAGUCUCAUUUGUCCAUCUUGCUCAGACAACAAGGAACGUUUUACUAAACAAUGACACCAUAAACCAGAUGGUUGAGGACAUUGAUAAAAUAGACCUCGCUAAAAUUGGAUCCCAAGUCAGUUUUGUUGAUCCAGAAUUCUUCCAGAACAAUUGGAAACACAUUGAAAAUUAUUACGAUGACUUUAAGGAGUUAUUGAGGAAACAGUCUUCAAUUGAAGGAUUCACUGAAUGGAUGGAUACCAUCGUAGAUAGAUUUGUCUUGCAAGUAUGCCAGGAAAAAUCGUUAUCAUUCGAGACACUUGCGUCCACGUUUCUAUUGAGAUGGUCAAUAUUCGGUUCGUUGGUUGUUCGAGAUCUGACCCUCCAUAGUGCCCCAAGCUUCGGGCCAUUUCACCUGCUGCAUAUGAUGCUUGAUGAGUAUGUAUUCCUCGUGAUGGAAACCCAACAAAGUUUACAAAGAGAACGAGAUUUCAAAUCAAGUAUUCAAAAAUUUAUGAAAAAUACAGAUAAAAUUCAGUUACAAGCAACAUCGAGAUCAUCCAAGGGUUCCGCCGCACAGCAGAAGAACAAGUCAAAGAGUGCAGACAUGAAAAACCCGUUUGAGGAAGAUGAUUCCUUGCAGAAUAUAUCCGAACAUAGACAUGUAACAAUUGGUACCUCUGAGUUAACAGCUUUUAGUCGUCCUACAACAAGUUCCUGCAAUAUAUCUGGUCAAACAAAUAAUGACAAUGCUGUAUCCGAACUUAAACUGCCAAAGUCAACACAAUCACAAUGUUCACUACCAACUCCAUUAACAGUCGGUCCCACAUUGGGCCCAAUCUCACCAAUAAAACCAUAUGCCUCAAUCAAUGGUGGGGCAUUCUUCAGUCAUUUCUCAUCUUAUCCAGAUUUCAACAAUGCAAGCAACUCACUCGCUGCAAGCAGAGUGUCUCAAUUACCAGACAUGAAUCAAACUUUUCCUACUUCACCAUUGACUCCUAAUUUUAAUAUGUCUUCUGCUACUGGAGGAGCCUCACUUUGGCCUGAUCCAAAUCGAGGUCAUCCGGGACAUUUUGGUGACCCAUACACGGCUUAUUCGGGAUAUUCAUAUGAUAAAACAGUGUCUAUGUUCAGGAACAUGCCAUAUUCAACUACAGAGUUUGCCAGGAACCCGAUGGAACCACCAAGUCGGCAGUUUUACUCUAGACCACAUGACACAUUGCCUGGGUCUUCAAUUCCUUUAGCGCACUAUGGUGGUGGAUACAUGGACCUCUCAUCUCAAGCAGCAGCAGCAGCAACUUUCCCUAAUCGCCCGUCGGAUGGACUCAUGCACCCAGAUCUGACAUCAUCUUUCACUGGUUCAUAUAUGCCUUACCGAUGACAACAAUAUAAUCUGUAUACCAAACGUGAUUUGUGGUGAAAAUAAGAUAAUGCUAUCUUGUACAUGUAAUUGGAUUUGUAAUCUGGAGAGAAUCUUAAGAUAAA